AGUAAUUGUAUGUAUGUGUUCAGUUGAUAGGCACUAGUAUCGGACCUGGUUUUUGACACAUUUAAGUUGAACACAGGUUUUCAUUUAGAAGAUAAGAGUUAUCUUGCUCCAGUUUAAAAAGAUGGACAUAUAUGCUAUAAUUAAAUUUGUAAAUCAACAAAUAUAGAGGAUACAAACCGAUAGAUGGGAUAUAGGGAUAUAUUCUUAAAAUGGACAUGCGUACCAUAUUAGUUCUUCUUUGUGUAUCUGGUCUCGACGCACUGCGAUGUUACAGCUGUCACAGAGUAAUAGAUAUUGAACAGUGUACACGUAUUGUGAAUUGUGACCUAGGUAGCAAGUGUUUAUAUAACCAGCUGUACGAGUCGGGCAUUAAAGUAUGGCAGCUUGGUUGUAUGAGAGAGGUGCAAUGCGCUGCAGUGGAACAUUUCGCCGGAUUAUCUCAAGUAGAUCAUCCUAUAGGCUGUUGUGAUGACACAGAUUUAUGUAACCGUCUUCAUGCAAACAUAUCCACAACUAAUCCUCAUGUAACCACAACGACCGGGCCAAGAACGACAACUCAUCAACCUAAAAUCGUUAUUAACGCCCCUGAUCAAGCUGUUUACCAGAGUAUGGUACAGUUGUCGUGUGUGACGAUUCCGCCAGCUGAAAAAUAUUCUUGGACAUUCAAUGGGACAACGACACUCCCUUCCUCUGUGACAACAGUACAGUAUACCCCUACCACGGAUGCACUUGCCGGAACUGAUGUUUUGACAAUUUUGAAAAUGGAUUUAACAUCGUUUGGUACAUAUACAUGUACCGGAACCAUUCAUCGGAUCUCGGUUUCAGCCUCCCAUUUUAUUCACAUAAUGCCAGAAACUAUACCUGUCGGGCUUAUAGGAUAAAGUGCUUCAGAAAAGAAUUGAAAUGAAUUAACUGUAUUAAAACUACUUUUAAAAA